AUGGAUGCACUCGUACAACAUUACAAGCAGAAGGCCGACCGCAAAGAAGACCGGCUUGGUCUGAAUGUCAUCGAAUCCACUCGUCCUAUUGAUGGCUACGGAGCUGCCGAGCUCACUCGGGAGCAAGAUGACCAGCUGACGGUGGAGGAGGAGGAUCUUCGAGGUGAUGCAGACCGGGCAUUCCAGAGCCUGCCCAGCUACUUUGACGGGCCACCUCGCGUGUUGCCGCAUCGCCUUGAGAAGCCCGUCAUGAUCCCUCAACGAAGGCAGGGGAAUCGUCUGCGAGGAUUUCAGUUGCUAUACGCACCUGUUUUGGCCGAGAGCGGUGUCAGCGAGCAGCAGUUCAUCACGUUCCUCAGCAGGCUCAAUGUUGCUAUUGGUUUCGACGAUAAGAUCAAGAUCUUCAACUUCGCCAUGGAUAUUGGAACCAUCGCGUGCAGCUCAUGGGAGCUCCUCGUCGCCACCAUCGGAACUCAAGCACUGACCACGACCGCUGCACACGUCAAGAGUCGCGCUCGAAGCGAAGCUUACGUGGCGCAUGCCAACCAAAGCUUCUUCCACUUGCGCGGUCUUCAUGCUCAGAUUGUGCCUGUUUCCAGCGUAUACGCGACAACAUCGACGCCUCCUGGCGAUCAAGUUGCAACUCAACAAAGCAUGUUUCAGUUUUCGCUGGGAUCGCCCAAUGUUCUACCGGAGAGCCACCCCAACGCGAAGGGUGGCUUGUUAAACCUCAACAAACGACCCAUUGAAUACGAUCCGUUUGACUACGGUUCCGGCUAUGUUAAGAUCACGCCCGACCAAUACUCGCGCUUACAACCCUCACAGUACAAAGAACCUGCUACGUCUCUCCUUGAGCGGACGGCAGAGAAAGUUGAAAAGUACAACAUCUGGCAAGAUCGCCUUCCCGCCAAGAAGAACGCCAGGAGAAACGACAGGCGACAGAAAACCAUUGAAGAUACCCGGAGACAGGGGGGUCCAGUAGCCGUUUCGCGGUACUUGGAGGAAGAGGAGCAGAAACAACGCAUGGAGAUCGACAAAAAGAAGGGCAAGCUGGGCAGAUUCUUGGACCGCAACAAGGUCAUCCUCAUCGUGACCAACCUUGCCGACCGUGAUCGAGCUCAAAUGCAGACAAAUCUUGCUGACAGCCGCCGCUAA